AUGGCUUCACUGACUGCGACUGAACCCCAACCCCUCUCCAUUCUUGUUCCCAUUCCGCCGCAAGGCCACAUCACCCCGUUCCUACGCCUGGCCACCCUCCUCCUCUCUCGCGGCUUCCGCGUCACCUUCGUCCUCACCGAGUACAACGCCCGCCACUUGGCCCAGUCUCGAGGCCACGACUGGGCCACCGCUGGCGGCCCAUCAUUCCGCGUUGAGACCAUCCCUGACGACCUCCCUCCGCCACCUUCGGACAAGCAGGAUGUCACGCAGGACAUCCUGUCAGUGUACUUGUCCGUGCGCUCCACAUGCCUCGCCCCUUCAGGGACCUCAUGGCUCGCCUCGAUCCCCGUCUUGGAGAACCUCCGCCUGCGAGAUUUCCCCACCUUCGUCCGCACCACGAACCCUGAUGACGUCAUGCUCAAUCUUAUUGUCUGUCGUGCCACCAUCAAUGCCCCUCGAUGCGCAGGCUUGAUCCUCAACACAUUCGCCGCUCUUGAGGGUCCAGUUCUCGACACGAUCCGUUCCAAGUACCCUAACUUGUACGCCAUCGGCCCGCUCCCCUCCUCCCCCGUCUCCUCCUCCCUCUAG